AUCCGUUUACUUUCUGUACACUCUCCAGCAAGGUCUCUCUUACGACCAAAAGCGCAUACUCCACGCGCUCAAUCACGACCUCGAAGAUACGAGCACGAGGAAGAGCUGCUCGUUGAAGAUGCGGCUGCUCGGAUGCAAGGCGCUCUUCGCCGCCCUCUGGCUGGGCACGCGCACCGUGUCCGUGUGGGCCCUGCACGAAUCUGACGUCGGCCUCGUCGACUGGACGCAGAAGCUCGUCGGGGUGCCUAUUUACAGCUCACCGCUAACUGCACCUGUCUUUCAUGGAGACUUGAUUCUGAUGGCGACGAGCGCGAAUGUGUUGGCGGGGGUGAAUGCGACGGAUGGGUCUGUUGUUUGGAGGAGCAUAUAUGAUGCGGAGGAUCCUAUCAUGAGUUAUACUGACCACGGAGAUACCGUCUCAACCCUUUCAGGGCCCGGAGGCGCGACACUACGGGCAUACGACGCGAACGAUGGUGCCCUUCUUCUUGAAAAACGGCUGCAUGACCCACUCCUUGGCAAGCUGCACGACCCAGGCAACCUCGGCACGCGCCUCCUCCACCUCGACGAAUCAGGCGAAGCGCCCUCGGAAACCAUACUGGCUCUCACGAAUGGCUACACCGUACACAGUCUCGAUGCUACCACCGGAGAAACGAGAUGGACAUGGGUGGCGUCUGACCAAGGGUCCCUCAUCAUACACACCCACCUCCUCGCCGACCCCAAAUCCUCAACCCUCUUCGUCGCCGGCCUCGCCAAGUCCACCGCCUCGUUCACGCUGCACGUCACCGCGCUCUCCCUCUCCACAGGCGAAGAACUCACGUCGCACAACAUCCCCGCGAACCUCGCCGACGCGCGCACCGACUACGUUGCGCUCACUGGGCCCGCUGGCACCGGUGGCGCGUGUCUGUCGUGGCUGGAGAAGGGCGUGAUCAAGGUGGCGGUGCUCAAGCCUGAUUUGAAGGGGAGUGUGCUCUCGAUCCCGGGCGCGAAGUAUAAGCGGGUGGAGGAUAUCGGGCUUGCGAUGAACGGGCAGUAUCUUGCAUAUAAAGAGGACGGAGCGGGCCAGGUUAUGCAUUUUGAUGCGGAGAAGGGGGUGUUGAAGGCUAUUUGGGAGUUUCCGGAGUCGGCCUCGUCCUCUGAGUACUCGGAGUCCACAUAUGCGGGUGCACAUGAUGCUGCUACGAAGGAUCCUAGGGUUGUCCGUGCAUUCUGGUCAAACAAGCAUAACCGAAUCGUCCACCAAGUCUUCGCCGCCGACGUUGCAGCGGACAAGGCAACAAAUGCCGGCUACGUGGUACCCUUUGAUACGUCCGAGCACGGCGUCAUUCGCUAUGCACUCCUCGAUGGCUCAUCCACCUCUGAGAUGGAGACCACCCGUGUCCUUCUCAUAACAAGCACUGGUGCAGUCCAGCUGUGGAAACAUAACAAGCUACAAUGGACACGCGAGGAGGCACUCUCGACGAUCCAGGUCGCUGAGUUUGUUGAGCUACCAGAGCGCAAGGUCGCUGGGACACAUGUAGACGACGACGAGGGGUACGUUUCCAUGCUGCGCAGACAGCUUGGCGAUGCCAAAAACCUCCCGCACUUCAUCAUCUCCUUCAUCCGGCGCUUCGCCACGGGCUCAUACGCCUCUGUCUCGAGCUCCGCCUCACCUUCCCUCUCGGAAGGCGAAGCCGCCUCGCACGGCGGGCUCUCGCGCGACACGUUCGGCUUCCGCCAGGUGAUCGUUGCCGCGACCUCGUACGGCAAGCUGUACGGCAUCGACUCGAGCAGCGGGCGCAUCCUGUGGAGCCGUGUGCUUGGCCUCGGGUGGGCGGCGAAAGUGGGAGGAAGGAUUAUUCCCGUGAAGAUCUAUACCACUAGGACGGUCGCAGACGCAGAGGGACCGAGGGUCGUGGUUGUAACCCAGCGCCGGGCGGAUAAUACGCUCGUGGACACUGUUGUGUUCCAUAUUGACCCGCUCACGGGCGAGGAUGCGAAAGAGGACGGGGUACCCAAGGCGCAGAGAAAUGCAUUAGAGGGCAAAGAUUCGAUCGCGGGUCCGUUGAUGGAGACGUUUUUGGUGCCUGAUGGGAACAAGACUGUGUUGCUGCUGGAUGAGUUCCUUCAGGCCCGUUUGUAUCCCGAAACCCCCGCGACUCAAAAAGCACUAGAAGAGAUCACCCCUUCGCUCUACUUCAUGCUCCGGGCCGGAGAAGCCGGCGCCCGCCAGCUCGUGGGCCACCAGCUCACCGCCGCCCCUGACCUCUCCGAACACCUUGUCGGCUACCCAACAUGGACGUUGCCCCUCCAGCCGCACGAAGAGAUUCUGAGCGUGCUCCCGCCUACGCAGGGACCCAUUGCCUCAGUCGGCAAGGUGCUCGGCAACCGCGCGACCCUGUACAAGUACCUCAAUCCGCAUAUGCGCGUCGUGCUCACCGCUCUGCCCAUCGGCGACAAGCCGAGCUGCGGUGUGUACGUCGUCGACGGCGUCAAAGGAAGUAUCGUGUAUAAUGCGCGGGUGCCCGCAGCGGGCGGGAGGUGCGAUGUGCACGCGAGCUUGACGGAGAAUUGGCUGGUAUAUCACUAUUAUGAUGAUGAGAGCGCGGGGGUUCCAACGACGACGGAUUCGCCUGCGGGAGAGGAUACUGCGGGCGGCGCGGUGAAGGGGUGGAGGGUGGUUAGUGUAGAGAUUUAUGAGGGGCAGAAUCCGGAUGAUAAGACGAGCAGCUCGGACUUGAGCGCGUUCUCGAGCGCGAGCCUGCAUGGCACUGCGAUAGAGACGUCUUUCAUCACCACGCAAGGUAUCACUGCUAUCGCAUCGACAUCGACAAAGUUCGGAGUCACGACCAAAGACAUCAUCAUCGCGACGAAGAAGCACAGUAUACAGGCGAUUCCCCGCCGACUGCUGGAUCCACGCCGGCCCCACCAUAAGCCAACGGCGGAGGAGAUCGAGGAGAUGCUCGUGCAGUACGAUCCCGUCCUCCCUGACGACCCGAGACUGGUCUUGUCACAUAAUUACGAGGUCGCGAACGUCCGACAAAUAGUCACCGCUCCGUCCUUGCUCGAGUCGACCACGCUCGUGUUUGCGUUUGGUCUCGACCUGUUCUGCACGCGUAUUGCGCCGUCGAACACGUUCGAUGUGCUCAGUGAAGGGUUUAACAAGGUACAGCUCGUGCUCACGAUCCUAGGGCUGACUGUCGCUAUCGCGAUUACGAAACCGAUGGUGAGAAGGAAGAGACUGAGAGAGCGGUGGUAUCAAUAGAACGGGCAUGUCCUUUUGGAUCGUGCUUUGCGUAGAAAUUUCAACGGUGUGCUGUAAUUU